ACCCCGUGUCCUCGUCCGGCCCCUCUAUCCUGCCCCAUAGAGGAGAGCGCAGCGCACAGCCUGUUCCCCCCACCCAUUGCCAGGUCCCGGGAGCCGAAGCCUUACACCUCCCCGGGAUACCGAUCCACCCGCCGGACACUCUCCUGUCCUGUCCCGCUCUGUCCGAGGAGCCGAGAAACUUUCCGGAGAAGUUGGUGCAGGUCGGCCGGCGCUGCCACCACCUCUGAGCGCUGCCUCUCCCGGCUGAUCGCGACCCUUCCCGUGUGUCCCCCGGUGUACCGAGCCCCGGACAUGCGGCCUCCCGUAUUCGUCGCCCUGUUGCUCCUUGUGGACGCAGCCCGGGCCGCCAUGGACGAGUGCUCGGAGGGCGGCCGGCCGCAGCGCUGCAUGCCCGAAUUUGUCAACGCCGCUUUUAACGUGACUGUGGUGGCGACCAACACCUGCGGCUCCCCGCCCGAGGAGUACUGCGUGCAGACCGGAGUCACCGGGGUCACCAAGUCCUGCCACCUGUGCGACAGCCUCCAGCCCCAGCAGCAGCACGGCGCCGAGUACCUCACCGACUACAACAACCAGGCGGACACGACGUGGUGGCAGAGCCAGAGCAUGCUGGCCGGGAUCCAGUACCCCUACUCCAUCAACCUGACCCUGCAUCUGGGGAAGGCCUUUGAUAUCACUUACCUACGUUUGAAGUUCCAUACCAGCCGCCCAGAGAGCUUUGCCCUGUACAAGCGCACACGCGAAGAUGGCCCGUGGAUCCCCUACCAGUAUUACAGCGGCUCCUGCGAGAAUACAUACCAAAAAGUCAACCGAGGCUUCAUCCUCACGGGGGAAGAUGAGCAGCAGGCCCUCUGCACUGACGAGUUCAGUGACAUCUCACCGCUGACAGGCGGCAACGUUGCUUUCUCGACUCUUGAGGGCAGACCGAGCGCAUACAACUAUGACAACAGUCCUGUUUUGCAGGAUUGGGUGACGGCCACAGAUAUCCGUGUGACCCUGAACAGGCUCAAUACGUUUGGAGAUGAAGUGUUCAGUGACCCGAAGGUGCUGAAGUCCUACUACUAUGCCAUUUCUGAUUUUUCAGUAGGAGGCAGGUGCAAGUGCAACGGCCACGCCAGCGAAUGUGUGCGCAACGAGUACAGCAAGCUUGUUUGUAACUGCAAGCAUAACACGUAUGGUGUGGACUGUGAAAAAUGUUUGCCCUUCUUUAACGAUCGACCCUGGAGGAGGGCGACUGGAGAGAGUGCCCACGAGUGCUUGCCUUGUAAUUGUAAUGGCCGCUCUCAAGAAUGUUACUUUGACCCGGAGUUGUACCGCUCUACUGGACAUGGUGGCCAUUGUACGGGGUGUUCAGGCAAUACAGACGGACCAAACUGCGAGCGGUGCAGAGAAAACUACUAUCGGCAAAACGAUGAUGAAUCUUGCCUGGCUUGUAACUGUAACCCUGUUGGUUCUCUUAGCACCCAGUGCGAUAACUAUGGACGUUGUAGCUGUAAGCCCGGGGUUAUGGGAGAGAAGUGUGACCGCUGCCAGCCUGGCUUCCAUUCCCUCACCGAAGCUGGCUGCAGGCCCUGCGCAUGUAACGCUGCCGGUAGUACAGAUGAUUGCAAUGUGGAGACCGGACGCUGUAGCUGUAAAGAUAAUGUAGAAGGCUUCAACUGUGAACGAUGUAAGCCCGGUUUCUUUUACAUGGACGCGGCAAAUCCCCGUGGCUGCACUCCCUGCUUCUGUUACGGCCAUUCCUCAGUGUGCAGCAGUGCUGAAGGCUUCACCAUGACCAAUGUCGUCUCCACAUUUGAGACCGAUACAGACGAGUGGCUGGCACAGCAGAGGGAUGGAGGAGAAUACCCACUCACCUGGGUUUCAGAGAGCAGCUCAAUAUCGGUCACCUCCGAAAGCUACUUUCCAGUCUACUUCAUUGCACCUGGAAAGUUCCUCGGUAAUCAGGGUCUAAGCUAUGGACAGAAUCUGACCUUCAGUUUCCGGGUGGAGCGACGGGAUACUCGUCUUUCUGCUGAAGAUUUAGUCUUGGAAGGGGCUGGACUCAGGGUCUCCGUGCCUCUGAUUGCUCAGGGGAAUUCCUACCCCAGUGAAAGCUCUCUGCAAUAUGUAUUCAGGCUGCAUGAAGCCACAGAUUAUCCCUGGAGGCCAUCCGUAUCACCUUUUGAAUUCCAAAAAAUGCUCCAGAAUCUUACUGCAAUCAAGAUCCGAGGAACAUACAGUGAAAGAAGCGCUGGUUUCCUCGAGGAGGUCACUUUAGUAACCGCCCGCGUCGGAGCUGGUAAUCCUGCGCCAUGGGUGGAGGUGUGCAGCUGCCCUGUUGGGUAUGUCGGGCAGUUCUGUGAAAGCUGUGCCCCUGGAUACCGGAGAGAGAACCCCAUCCUAGGACCUUACAGCCCGUGCAUGCUCUGUACUUGUAAUGGCCAUAGUGAGACCUGUGACCCAGAGACAGGAGUGUGUGCCUGCCAGCACAAUACCGCAGGUCCACACUGUGAGAGGUGCAGUGAGGGCUUCUAUGGAGACAGUACCGCAGGUACCAACUCGGACUGCCAGCCAUGCCCAUGCCCUGGUGGGUCCAGCUGUGCUGUUGUACCUCGCACUAAGGAAGUGGUGUGUACCAACUGUCCCCUGGGAACUACAGGAAAAAGAUGUGAGCUUUGCGAUGAUGGGUAUUUCGGGGACCCCCUUGGUCAGAACGGAGCACCUCGCCCCUGUCGGGCCUGCGAAUGUAACAGUAACAUUGAUCCGAAUGCCGUGGGGAACUGCGAUCGCCUGACGGGCGAGUGUCUGAAGUGUAUCUAUAACACAGCUGGAUUCUACUGUGACCGCUGCAGAGAUGGAUUCUAUGGAAACCCUCUGGGCCCUACACCGAACGAAAAAUGCAAAGCCUGCAGUUGUAACUCGUAUGGCACCGUAAAAAGCCAGAGCAGCUGUAAUCAGGUGACCGGCCAGUGCGAGUGUCUGCCACAUGUCACCGAGAGGGACUGCUCAGCCUGUGAGCCAGGAUUCUUCAACCUACAGAGCGGUCAAGGAUGUGACAGAUGCGAGUGCCAUCCCCUGGGAUCUACAAAUGGGCAGUGUGAUAUUCGUACUGGGCAGUGUGAAUGCCAGCCGGGCAUCAGUGGACUGCGCUGUCAGCACUGUGAGCCCAACCACUUUGGCUUUGGACCUGAAGGCUGUAAACCUUGUGACUGCGAUCCUGAGGGCUCCCUCAGUUUACAAUGCAAGGAGGAUGGGCGCUGUGAGUGUAAAGAUGGUUUUGUGGGAGCCCGCUGUGACCAGUGCGAGGAGAACUAUUUCUACAACCGUUCAGGACCAGGCUGCCAAGAAUGUCCUGCCUGUUACCGACUGGUAAAGGAUAAGGUGUUGGAACAAAGACAAAAAUUGGAGGAACUGGAAGAACUCCUGAAGAAUCUGGGAACGGGGGAUGACGCAGUUACUGAUCAGGGCUUUGAAGAGCGGCUUAGAGAUGCUGAGAAGGCGGUCAAUGACCUCCUUUUGGAUGCCCAGGGAAGCAAAGAUGUAGAUCAGGGAAUGCUGGAUCGCCUUGCUGAGAUAAAUGCUACACUUGGUUCUCAACUGGAACGUCUGCAGAACAUCAGAGAUAUGGUCCGUGAGACUGACAAACAGGCGAAAGAAGCUCGAGACCGCGUGGAAAGCACAGAGCUAAUCAUUGAGUCUGCAAGAGAGCAACUGGAGAGAGCCAAAGUGGCCAUUGCUAAUGUGUCGAUCACCCCACCGGAAACUGGCGGUGAUCCUAAUAAUAUGACUUUGUUGGCAGAAGAGGCAAGGAAACUAGCUGAAAGGCAUACCCAAGAAGCUCGUGAAAUAGAGAAAAUGGCCAAGGAAGCGAACGACACUGCAAAUGAAGCCUACCGCCUGCUCCUAAAGACUCUUGCUGCGGAGAACCAGACUGCAUCCGAUAUUGAGGAACUGAAUAAGAAGUAUAACCAAGCUAAGGAGCUUUCUCGGGAACUGGAGAAACAGGCGAGCAAAGUGCAUGCCGAGGCAGAGGAAGCAGGAAACCGGGCACUGCAGAUCUAUGCCAACCUCACCAGUAUUCCAGCGAUUGACACCACGGCUUUACAGAACGAGGCUGGAAAGAUCCAGAAAGAGGCACAAGACUUGGAUCUGCUGAUUGAUCGAAAGCUAAAGGACUAUGAAGACCUACGUGACGACAUGAGAAGCAAGGAGAUGGAAGUUAAACGCCUGCUUGACAAAGGCAGAAGCGAGCAGCAGACUGCUGACCAGUUGCUGGCCCGGGCUGAUGCGGCAAAGGCACAAGCAGAGGAGGCCGCCAAGAAGGGCAGUGCCACGCUACAAGAGGCCAAUGAUAUAUUGACCAGUCUGAGAGAUUUUGACAGACGAGUUAAUGACAAUAAAACCGCAGCAGAAGCUGCUUUACGGAGAAUCCCUGCCAUCGCCCAAACCAUUGCUGAAGCCAACAACAAGACUCAUCAAGCUGAAAGUGCACUGGGCAAUGCCAACGCCGACGCCAGAGGAGCAAAGAGCAAAGCAGAGGAAGCGGAGAAAAUUGCCAGUACCGUCCAAAAGAAUGCUGCUGCAGCCAAAGCAGAGGCUGACAAGACUUUUAAGGAUGUCACUGAUUUAGAUGAAGAAUUGCAGGAUAUGUUGCGUCAGCUGCAAGAUGCAGAGAACCAGCUGAAAAAGAAGCAGACGGAAGCGGACAAUGACAUGAUGAUGGCAAGCAUGACCAGCCAAGCUGCACAAGAAGCGGAAGAUAAUGCAAAGAAGGCAAAGAACUCUGUCAAUAAUGUCCUUGGAAUUAUUAACGGCUUGCUUGGACAGCUUGGUAAAUUGGAUUCUGUAGACGUGGGAAAACUCAAUGAGCUUGAAAGGACUCUAGAGGACGCAAAGACCCAGCUCAAUGAAAGUGAUCUGGACAAAAAGGUGGCGCAGCUGGAGGAGUCAGCGCGACUGCAAGACGCUGCCCUCCUCUCUUAUCAACAAGACAUUAACCAGAUCCUGAAGGACAUUGAUAAUCUCGAGGACAUUAAAAACACUCUGCCUCCUGGCUGCUACAACACCCCCAUUAUUGAGAAGCCCUAAGUGCUUGGCAAGAAAAAAAAAAGGAAGGACUUCAGCCACACUUCCUUCCUCGCCAACCUCCAUGUUUGGCUGUGAAGUGCCUUAUUACUCACCCACCCCCAGACUAUCUGCCCUACACAUUGAUCACUCCAUGUCCUCCACAUAUUGAACUUUAAGGGGGGGGAGGCAGUAUUUGAAACUGUAUUAUGUUACCAAAACUCUACCACCAUGCUCUGCGUACAAGAGGCAUCCAUUCGAGUUUGAUGAUGUCCUUGCUACUGCAGAGAGAAAUCAAGGUUUGCUGUAAUGGUGAGAGAAACAAAUGCUCAGGCCUCUCCACGCGGCGUAGUAACGCCACAAUGCCAUGCAAUGGCUCUGCAGUGAUUAGCCAAGGGACUGUUUCUAGCAAGGGUUAACUGCUUCAGAGAUGGCUGCAGCCUUCAGUGCUAUACAUGCAAGUGCUCUGCAGCACAGAGGUGGUUAAUAAAGCCAUGCUUUCAGCCUUCUAGAAAACUUGGGCCUGUUGCCCCAAAAAGUCUUGGAAAUAUACAUGUUCCUCAUCUAUGCUCCUUUUUUUUUUUUUUUCUUUUCCCUUUGACUAACCUACUGCCAGGUCUCCUGCCCUGUAAUGUAGCCACGCAUUCAGUAUUAUCCCUGACAGCGCAGAGCCCUCAGAAAUAUAAGGGCAUGAGCUUUUGAUCUUUGCUGUAUAGAAGGGUCCUGUAAUGCAGAGACUGGGAAACUAUAAUUAAUUUCCCAACCUAGUCAGUGAGCUGGUCUAUGUAAUACGUAAGCGACUAAAGCAUUGCGGCAAUUGUGGGCGCACAGAAGCCGGGGCAAGGUGUUCUGAUCACAUAACUGUGUGAAUGAUUGUCCUGGCAUCUCAGAACUGUACUCCAAGAGUGAAAUCUACUCCCGCAACCAGCAAGGUAGUCAUAGCACAGUACCAAGGGGCCACAUGGCAUUAUUUGCAUCUUUUUAAAGGCUAUGUACACCUUUUGGGGGCAAUCUUUUUGUUUGUAUUUUAUUCAUUUUGGGAUAAAUUUCAUUUUCUCAAUUGGUCUUUUUUUUUUAUAUUCACUUUCACUUUGUGCUGGUCAUUUUAAUAAACCUCAUCUCUAAAUUACUAAAAGGUCAUAAACACAUGAUGAGUGUUUUUCAGAGGAGCCCACAGCUGAGCUGCCUGACAGGAAACAGUAAAAAUACAGGGCCUGCUACUAGAGAAUCUCAAGGCUGUACAGAGAAAGAGGCUCAACAUUUUUAAUAAAGACCCUUUUGAAAAAAAAUGAUUUUUAGAUCAAAAUUAGUACAAUGCAGUUAUAAAAAAUGUUUUACCUAAAGAUGUACAUAGCCUUUAAAGCUUUUCCAUAAUUAGAGUUGAAGUCAUUAUUUCAGGUAGCCAACGGCCUCACGCCUUUUGUU